AGGUUGGACGCGCUGCUGUUUCUUCGCCUUUUCCCGCCGGGCGGGGCCCCAGUGAUGUCUUGGGGAGAUGAGGAAGAGGCUGGGACCGCGGGCGGGGUGAGGCCUCUUGGCGCGCCCCGUUGGGCUUGCAUCACUUGCUCCGGCCCUGCCACUCCCUCUCUGGCCCAAACUGUUGUUUACAACGGAAUGCAGAUCCCAGGAGUUGGGGACACUGAGCGCCAGAGUAAGCGAUUCUUGGCGUCCCUGGACAGACCCCAUGCGGUUGCUGACAGACCCUCUCUGCUCGGGUGAGGAGGUUCUGGUGUGGGUCGUCGCGGAAGUGCGUGGAUCCCCUACCCUGGCACGGAAAGUGAAUAAACCUAAUUAAGAAUGUCUGAAAACCUUGACAAGUCCAGUAUAAAUGAGUCAAAUGAUUCUGAGCAGGGCCUGGAAAGUGCUGUGGAACAUUCUGAUGAAGCUUUACAGAAAAAUAUAAAAUCAGACUCUCCUAGCCCCCAGAGGAUACAAAGGCCUCACUCUAGUCCUCCUCGAUUUGUAACAGUAGAAGAACUUCUGGAGACAGCAAAAGGAGUCACCAACAUGGCUCUAGCCCAUGAAAUUGUGGUAAAUGGAGACUUUAGGAUUAAGCCAGUCGAACUACCAGAGGACAGCUUGGAGAAGAGAGUCAAGGAGAUUGUACAUAAAGCUUUUUGGGAUUGUCUGAGUGUCCAGCUAAGUGAAAACCCCCCGACGUAUGACCAUGCCAUCAAACUUGUGGGAGAGAUCAAGGAGACACUUUUAUCUUUCUUGCUGCCUGGUCACACUAGACUGAGAAACCAGAUAACAGAAGUCUUGGAUCUGGAUCUAAUAAAGCAGGAAGCAGAAAAUGGAGCCCUAGACAUUUCUAGGCUGGCCGAAUUCAUUAUUGGCAUGAUGGGGACACUGUGUGCACCUGCUCGAGAUGAGGAAGUUAAGAAACUAAAGGACAUUAAGGAAAUAGUGCCCCUUUUCAGGGCAAUGUUUGCCGUGCUGGACUUAAUGAAGGUGGACAUGGCCAACUUUGCUGUCACUAGCAUCAGACCCCACCUCAUGCAGCAGUCGGUUGAGUACGAGAGGAAGAAGUUUCAAGAACUGCUGGAGAAGCAGCCAAAUUCUCUGGACUUUGUCACCCAAUGGCUCGAAGAAGCCUCUGCUGACCUCAUGACUCAGAGGUACAAACACACCCUGCCAGCCAAGGGGGAGGCUGCCGGCCCCGAGGGUGCCCUUGUUCCGAGCGCUGUCUGCGUCCAGAACUACGCGUACCUGAAGCUGCUGAAGUGGGACCACCUCCGCAGGCCUUUCCCCGAGACAGUGCUGAUGGACCAGGCGCGUUUCCAAGAGCUCCAGGGACAGCUGGAGCAGCUGACUGUCCUGGGGUCUGUGUUGCUGGUCACGUUCAGCAUGGCAGGCCCUGGAGUCUCCAUCCGGGCUGACUUUGCAGAGAGACUCAAGAUGAUUGUGAAAGUCCUGCUGACUGACAUGCACCUGCCCUCCUUCCGCCUGGACGAGGCCCUGACCACCAUUGGGGAGAAAGUGUGCCUGGAGCUGAGCAGCUGCCUCGCGCUGUGCGGAUCCCCACUCUUCUCUGUGGACAAGGAGACUGUGCUCAAAGGCCAGAUCCAGGCCGUGCGCAGCCCCGAUGACCCCAUCCGCAGGAUCAUGGAAUCCCGGAUUCUGACCUUCUUGGAAACCUACCUUGCCUUGGGUCACCAGAAGCCAUUGCCUAUAGUGCCUGGGGGAUUGGGUCCAGUUCAGAAAGAGCUGGAGGAAGUUGCUGUGAAAUUUGUUCGUCUGGUCAACUAUAACAAGAUGGUCUUCUGUCCCUACUACGAUGCGGUCCUCAGUAAGCUCCCCCUCCAGUCCUAAUGCGCACAUGACCUCCAGUGGCAGUAAUUAGUCACCCAGAACACCUCAGCGCACUUCUACCAUUGCUUUGGAAAAUGGCUAAGUAGUACAGUUCUGUCUAACAGCCUUGAUUUGACAGGGAAGAACAUUGUGUAUCGCUGGUGAAAAGACUCGAAGAAUGCACUGAAUUCUAUUUUGAGAGAUUGUAUUUAUGAGUGCAAGUUUACAGAUCAAAGAAGCUUUUUGUUAUCUGGAGUUUUGUAGGUAACACUCAGCGUUUUAGCAGUUGACUGCUGUGUCUCCAUGUUACCCCAUAGAGACUGCAGUGGCCGCGUCCUCCCAAGGAGGCUGGGACCCCUGCCCUGCUAUCUGGAUGGCCCAUGCUGACUGCCACCAGGAGGACAGGAGACCAAGCCGUGACUUUACCUCUUGCCCCUCCCUUACAAUCCCCCGUCUUCUUCCCUGCAGAAGGGCUGUAUGUAUAGUCUUACUGCCCCACCUCACUCCCAGUUGCUUCUGCUAUACCUGGCCUCGCCAGGGCCCCGGAGCCCUUUGGUUUUAGAACAGAGUUAAUUUUGCAAAGCUUAUUCUGUUGGGCUGAGGAUAUAGUGUGAUGGCAAUGUGCUUGCCUGGCUUGAGCAAGGCCCCAGGUUAAAUCCUGGGGCCGGGGGAGCGCAGAGCUGGGCAUGGUGGCAGGCCUGUAGUGCUAUAGUCCAAGCUACUUGGGAGGCUGAGGCGAGAAGAUGGUUUGGGCCCAAGAGUUUAGAGCCAGCCUGGACAGUAAGGAUUAUCUAAAAGAAAAGCUUAUGCUUUUUUACAGGAUUACUGUACCUGAACCUGGAUGAUAGCAGUUGAGUCUUAUGUGAUCUAAAGAAAGGAAUUUCUUUUACUUGUUAGCCUGGAAAGUUAAGGGGGAAAUUUUAAAGAUGUGUGUGUGUGUGUGUGUGUGUAUGUGUGUGUGUGUAUCUAUAUAUACACGCAUAGUUUAGCGUAAUAAAUGCCCAGGGAUGUAGCUCAAUGGUGCUGCACCUGCCUGGCAAGCUCAAGGUCCUGAGGUCCUGAG